GUAACCUUAUUGUUGCUGUUUUCACGCGGCGAGGUUGGCGCUUCCACUGCAUCACUUUCCAACUUAGUGGACUGCAUCCUGUGCUAAAACCAGAUUUGAAACAGCCAUGAACCAGGUGAAUUUAUUAACGAGCUUCUCCACUGGAUGGUGACGCUUUACCUGCAACCAUGAGUGGUUCCAAGCCAGACAUUCUAUGGUCACCACAUCACGUGGAUCGAUAUGUGAUCUGUGACUCUGAACUCAGUUUGUACCGCAUCGGAUCUAUUGGGAGUGCCGAGCCGAAGGCAGGAACGUUACCGCUAUCCCAGGAAACAGCGGCGACACUCUUAGCCAUCAACUCGGACACCCCGUACAUGAAAUGUGUGGCCUGGUACCCCAAGCAUGAACCCGAGUGUCUUCUGGCCGUGGGCCAAGCCAAUGGGAGAGUGGUUCUGACCAGCCUCGGCCAGAGCCCCAACUCCAAGUGUAAGGAGCUGAUGGGGAGGGAGUUUGUUCCCAAGCAUGCGCGGCAGUGCAACACACUAGCCUGGAACCCCUGGGACAGUAACUGGCUGGCCGCUGGCCUGGACAAACAUCGUGCCGACUUCUCUGUCCUCAUUUGGGACAUCAGCAGCAAGUAUGCGCCGGACAUUGCGGUCCCCAUGGAGAAGAUCCGUCUCUCGUCAGCAGGAGACACCGACUCGGGCUUGGUGGUGACUAAGCCUCUUUAUGAACUGGGCCAGAAUGAUGCGUGCCUCUCUCUGUGCUGGCUCCCGCGUGACCAGAAGCUGCUGCUGGCCGGCAUGCACCGCAACCUGGCCAUCUUCGACCUACGCAACACCAGCCAAAAGACCUUCGUCAACACCAAGGCCAUCCAGGGCGUGACGGUGGACCCGCACUUCCACGAGCGCGUGGCCUCCUUCUUUGAGGGCCAGGUGGCCAUCUGGGACCUGCGCAAGUUCGAGAAGCCCGUGCUGACGCUCACGGAGCAGCCCAAGCCGCUCACCAAGGUGGCGUGGUGCCCGACCCGCACGGGCCUGCUGGCCACGCUGACGCGCGACAGCAACGUUGUGCGGCUGUACGACAUGCAGCACGCGCCCACGCCCAUCGGCGACGAGACGGAGCCCACCAUCAUCGAGCGCAGCGUGCAGCCGUGCAGCGACAACAGCGUCAUCAGCAGCUUCGCCUGGCACCCGUCGGCCCAGAACCGCAUGGUGGUGGUGUCGCCCAACCGCGCCAUGACCGACUUCACCGUCUUCGAGCGCAUCUCACUGGCGUGGGGCUCCACCACCUCCCUGAUGUGGGCGUGCGGCCGCCACCUGUACGAGUGCGCUGAGGGCGAGGGCGCGGCGGAGAAGGACCGAGACAUCGCCACCAAGAUGAGGCAGCGGGCACAGAACGGCUACGGCCACGACACCGUGCAGGUGUGGAGGAACCACCUGCUGGCUGGAGGUGAUGACCCCCAGCUCAAGUCCCUGUGGUACACACUGUAUUUUAUGAAACAAUACACUGAAGACUUGGAGCAAAAGCAGCAGGGGCCCAAGCAGUCGCUGAUUUAUUCAGGCAUCAAGAACAUCGUCAAGUCUAGUUCAGGCACUACGGAAAACCGGCGCUGCUGGCGGGGCUCUGACCGGCAGACUGACGUGGCACGCUACCAGAGCGAGGAGCGCAGCCUGGCGCUGCGGCUGUGUGGCUGGAUCGGCCGCGGGCCUGAGGUGGACGUGGAGCCCUUCCUCAAGUCCCUGGAGCUGGAGGGGGAGUGGGAGCGCGCCGCCGCCGUGGCGCUCUUCAACCUGGACAUCCGUCGGGCCAUCCAGAUCCUCAACAAAGGGGCCUCCUCUGAGAAAGGGGACCUGAACUUGAAUGUGGUGGCCAUGGCCCUGUCCGGCUACACGGACGAGAAGAAAUCUCUGUGGAGGGAGAUGUGCAGCACGCUGAGGCUACAGCUCAAGAAGCCCUACCUGUGUGUGAUGUUCGCCUUCCUGACCAGCGAGCCAGGGGCCUAUGAUGGUGUACUGUAUGAGAGCAGCGUUGCAGUCAGAGACAGAGUGGCCUUUGCCUGUAUGUUCCUCAAUGACUCUCAGUUGCCACGGUACAUAGAUAAGCUGACCAAUGAGAUGAAGGAAGCGGGAAACCUGGAGGGCAUCCUGCUGACGGGGCUGACCAAAGAUGGAGUGGACCUGAUGGAGAGCUAUGUGGACCGCACUGGAGACGUGCAGACGGCCAGCUUCUGCGUGCUCAUGGGUUCCCCAGGUGAUGUGGUGAAGGACACUCGGGUCCAGUGCUGGAUCGAAAACUACCGGAACCUUCUGGACGCCUGGAGAUUUUGGCAUAAGAGGGCCGAGUUUGACAUUCACCGGAGCAAGCUGGAUCCCAGCUCAAAGCCUCUUGCUCAGGUGUUUGUGAGCUGUAACUUCUGCGGGAAGUCCAUCUCGUACAGCUGCGCAGCCAUGCCCCACCAGGGCCGCGGCUUCAGCCAGUACGGCGUCAGCGGCUCCCCCACCAAGUCCAAGGUCACCAGCUGCCCCGGCUGCCGCAAGCCCCUGCCCCGAUGUGCCCUCUGCCUCAUGAACAUGGGCACACCUGUGUCCAGCUGCCCUGGUUCUGGGAAGAUGGAUGAGAAGGUGGACCUCACCAGGGAUAAGAAGCUGGCCCAGUUUAAUAACUGGUUCACAUGGUGCCAUAACUGUCGCCAUGGCGGCCACGCAGGCCACAUGCUGAGUUGGUUCAGAGACCACAGUGAAUGCCCAGUCUCGGCAUGCACCUGCAAAUGCAUGCAGCUGGACACUACAGGGAACCUCGUGCCUUCGGAUAGCUCUUAGACGCUGUGCUGUUCGAGUACACACACACACACACUCACUCAGAUGGAACAUGGACUUACUGUCUGUGACUGCAACAGAAGCAACAAAAAGCACUUUUAAGCCUGCAAUGAGGUGGUAGGUAGUUGCAUACACAGCAGACUAAUAAAAUCUUGAGUUUCUGCCUUGGUUUGUGAGUUUUACAGUUGCCUGUGACUUAGUGCUUUUAGUGUUUCGUCUUACAUGCUUGUUUGUGAAGUUUUGAGAAUGUUUGCUUGACACUGUGUAGGGUGCUGGUAGACAGAAUGUGUAAAGUAUUCAGCAAGACAAGUCCGUUUUAGUUUUGCUGAAAACUGAGGGGUUGUUUUAGCAUACUUUAGACUGCUGAAGAGGGCUCUGUGAGUGCUGAAGGUUCAUUAGAGAAUGUAGCACAUUUUUCCAGUUGACAUUGAAACAAUCAGGCAAGCUCUACCUCUUCCCACUGUGGCAUGUUUUGAUAUAUUUAUUCGUUUCGGUGCAAUAUCCACUGUAUCAAAACACAUACACCAGCAUUUUGCAUCAACAAAAUAAGAUAUUUUGGAUGCACUCUUUUUUGGUGCAGUUCCAUUGUGAAGCACUAGGGGGGGGGGUGUUCAUCACAACCUCAUGUAUGUGAUUUCUGUUUGCACCUGCCACUGGAAAUGCCACAAAACAAUGGAGGUUACAGAUCUUUAUGUAGAUUAAGUGCAAGACAAUGAAUGAAAGGUGAAAAGUCCUUUUCAAUAAAUAUUCUGAAGGAUGACUAUUUCACUGUCACAAACACAAAUGAAUGGUUGUGACAUCUUAACUAAAACAAAGGUUUAAACAGUAAGACAAAUGCACCAUCAUGCCAGAAGGAAGUUCAAGGUCUCUACAUGUAAAAUAAACACAAUUUCAGCUAACAGUUCA